AUGAAGUUCACCGCCCUCCUCGUCUCCUCUGCCCUGUUCCUCGCCACCAUGGCCAACGCCCAGGUGCCUGCCUUUGAGGCCGCCAGAGUCUCCAAGUGCAAGAUGCCCGGUGUUGUCGCCUACACCUUUGACGACGGCCCAUACAUCUACAACGACAAGCUACUCGAGAUCCUCAAGACGAAGAACGUCGUCGCCACCUUCUACCUCGUCGGCCAGAUGGUCAACAAGACUCUCCAGCAGCAGGGCUCCCUCAAGAAGAUGCUCGAGCAUGGUCACCAAUUGGCUUCGCACACCUAUACCCACAGCAACCUCGACUUGAUGACCGAAGCCGAGAUGAAGAGUGAGAUCUCGAGAACCUCUGAUGUGAUGUUUGCCAACAGCGGUGUCCGUCCUCGCUACAUGCGUGCCCCCGAGGGUCGCUGCUCCGACGCCUGCACCAAGGUGAUGAAGGAGUUGGGUCUCGUCAUCUCGUACUGGAACGUCGAUACCAACGACUGGCGCCACGUUGGCGAAAAGACCCCUGCCCUUGCUGUCCAAAAGUCGAUGGAGGAGCUUAACCAAAAAAUCGUUAAAGACUCGAAUCCUGCCACCGAUUCGUUCAUCUUGCUCCAGCACGAGAUCCACCAGUUCUCGGUUGAGAAUUUGGCCGAUGUUGUUAUUGAUGCCAUCUUGAAGAAGGGCUACCGCUUUGUCUCGAUGGAGGAGUGCAUUGGCGAGCCUGCCUACUUGGAGGGCUCUGUUGUCCCCACCAUCGCUACGACCGCCCCUGUUGUCCCCACUGCUACUAGUUCGAUUGGCACUCCCGCCGCGACUACUGGUACUGGUGCUGGUACUGGUGCUGGUGCUGGUGCUGGAGCUGGAGCUGGAGCUGGAGCUGGAACAGGAACCGGUGGAGUUACUGUGCCCACGGCCACAGCUGCGAAGGGCGACAAUGGCGCUGGAAUCAAGUCUGCUGCUGGUUGGUCCUUGGGCCUGACCGCUGCUGCCGCUGCCCUCGGACUUGCUCUCUUCUAA